CUGAUAUAUCAGCUUCUUCUCGCUGAGGGGGGUCUAGGUGGGCCAGUGCCUGAUGCUUGGCUUGCCAGCGGUGCCUUCCUUUCUGUGCUUACUGAGGACGGCGCUACAAGUGAUCUUGUGAUGGAAGCAGCCACUGGCAGGCUUUACCACAGGCCAACAGGCCAUUUAGUAAAUCUCUCGGCAACUACAUCUGGGGUUGAACUCGGAGUGGCAGGUGACGGAACAGCCAGUGGGGAUGGUAGCACUACUGUGGCAACUACAAGUGCUCGUGUUGGACAGACUAGCGUGGACGGAAUAGGUCACGAUGCCUAUAUUGCCGGCCCUGGUCAUCACAUUAAAGAGGACGAUUCGACAUCGGCCGGUGAUUUGCACCUUCGUGCUACCGAGCAGGCUGGAGUUACUGGACUUGCCGCAUACAAGCUAGAGUCAGUCGGUACACCAGUAGGUCAGGCUGUUGAAGAAGUGGUUGACCUCAAUACCCUCUUCCCAGGAGUUACAGUCACAGAGGUCUCGCCUGGCGUCUGUCUAGUUACCAAACCUGAUGGAGCCAAGUAUCAGGUUGAGCACGGCGGAGAAGGAAUUACUUUGGAAACUCUUCAGGCCAUUCUUCAGAUUGAUUCGUAA